CAUCGGACGCACGCAGAAUGAAAUAAAUAACCAGCUCCUGUUGGGGAGAUGGGCAUAUUUAUUUAUAUAUGUGUUUGCGGUGAGAAGAAGCAGGGGGGGAAAAAACAUCCCCAGAUAGAAGCGAAAACAAGCAGGCUGGAAGAGUGCGUGACACAGACGGAAGUUUGACCGGAUUCAGCCGCGGGUAGAGGAGAGGGAACGCCGCGCCGCUGAUCCAGGGCGUUGAUGUUCGGACAUACGGCCAACCGAGAGGCACCAUCCAGCAGUGAGACGACUGGUGGAAGGAAUUCAAGCGAAGAGGAAGUCAGAAAUCCAGCUGGAGUUGGCCUCAGCGCCACAUUUAUGAACAUUUCAGUUUCCCUUUGUUCUUCUGGCCACCUAGGAGAGCCGGUGCAAGAUUAAAUACACACCCCGUCCACCGUGGAUCAUUGGAGCGCCGCUUAAAUCUGCCCCCUCCCUCCUGCUCCCAUGGACUGUAUGGCAGAGUAAAUUUUCCAAAGUAAUUUCCUUAUCUCUGCUCUGAGGAAGUGUUCCGAUAAACUCAGAGCAGUUCAUGUUUUCCCAAGGGGACUGAAACGAAGGGAACCUGCCUGGAACGGGUUCUCUCAGCAACUUCAGGAACCUUAAGGGCAAACUCUGGCCGCGGCGCACGGGAUGGGGAACAAAAACGCCAUUCCACCCAGAGGUUCUGGAGGCGGGGUCACUGGGAAAGACGACGCAGCAUUGGUCAGCAGCGCUACAGGAGGCGUCGCCGCAGAUGAAGCUCAGAGCCCCAGUCUGGAGCUGCUGGCCUCCCUGCAGGCCCUGGGAGAAAGUGACGACUACACUCUGCUGCCGCAAUCCCUGCACCAGAUUGCAGAGACCUACUCACUGAGGCAGGACCACCAGUGGGCCGUUCAGUUCCUACGGUUGGAGAAGCUCUACCAUGAACGUCUGCUCUCUAACCUCACAACCCUGCAGGAGAAAUGGGAGAGUGAGUUUAAUGAGGAGGAGGACGGUGAGAGCCGGGUGCCUCUGGAAGAGGACAGCGUCAGCCGGAAACACAUUGAGAAGCUGAGCCACAUCUGCAGGACACACCACCGACCGUCCUUCAGCCCGGACCAGAAAAACCUGAACGCAGCGUUUAUAGACACUCAGAUUGGGACGGAAACUCUGCAGUCUCAUCAUGGCAAAGCCAACAAGCCUGAGAACACCCAGAGCAUGAUCUCCCAGUCAGACUUUUCCUCACUACAGAGGGAGGAAGAGGAAGAGCGGCAGGACGAAGGGGAAGAGGCCCUCGAGGAAGGGCAGGAAGUGGAAGCAGAGGAGCAGGAAGUGGAAGCAGAGGAAAAUGCGGCGCACGGCGAGGACACACCGGAGGAAGAGGAGGUGAAGGUGGAGUGGCCGGCCGGAGUAGCGCAGGCGUCGGACAAAGACCUGGCCAAACUCUCCAUCGCUGAAGGCAGCUCCUCCCCGGAUGGCCUGGUGUCCAUCCUGAAGAGGAGGCGAGCCUCGCUGGACGGACUUCCUCCCCCGAGCCCCGCCACCACCGCCGACAAACAGACGUCCAAACGCAAAGUUCGCUUCAGCGAACCAGAGGACGGCGUAGACCAAGAUGACGUCGGAGGAGACUCCUGUCUCAUCCUGCUGCUGCUGUGUCUGGUCACCGUGGUGAUCAGCAUAGGCGGGACUGCGUUCUACUGCACUCUGGUGGACACUUACUCCAACAUCUGCACCGACUUCGCUCAGAACGUCGACUUCUACGUCACGAACGCGCGGGGUUUCCUGGAAGGCCUCGGACAGUGGCUCCCCCUGCAGACUUAGGGCCAGCCGGGAUUCAAGGCUCUCUGGGCGUGACGGAAGAGGCUUCUGGUCGCCGGCGGCGACGGGAAAACCUGGCUGGACCUCCGGAAACAGCGUCAACCCCCGCUGCUGCUGUUUUGCAGAGUCUGAAUCUCACUGAUCACUGGACAUGUAUGUACACAGUGCCUUGCAGAAGUAUUCACAACCGUGAACUUUUCCAGGCUUUUAUUGUGUUAUAGCUGCUAGCUUCAGUUUAAUGUUAAUGUGACAAACUUCAGCAUAGUGAAUAAUUGUAAGGUGGAAGAAAAAUGAAACAUUAUUUGUAAAAGUAUGUUUAUCUAGUUUGUAGUGCAAAUAUCUUUAUACACU